CGGAAGUGCUUCUGUCUUGACUGAUUUGGUUUUCCAUCGUUAGCUAGCUUGCAGUUCAACAAUGCAGCAACGUGAAGAGAAGCAGUUAGAGGCGUCGGUGGAGUCUCUCAUUUCUCGGGUAGCACACGUCAAAAACGCUCUUCACAGUUUUAUUUAUAAGCUGGAAAACGAAUACGAAAGAUUGACAUGGCCUUCUGUUUUGGACAACUUCGCUCUCCUGUCUGGUCAGCUGAACACUAUCAAUAAACUACUCAAGAACGAGAAGACGCCGUCCUUUCGCAACCAGGUUAUAAUACCGCUGCUUCUGUCUCCAGACCGAGACGAGGAUUUAGCAAAACUCACAGAGCAGCGUGUCCCAGUGUUCAGCCAUGAGAUCGUGCCAGACUACCUGCGGACCAAGCCCGAUCCGGAGGUGGAGGAGCAGGAGAAACAGCUGAGUGCAGAGGCAGCACGAAUCGGCCCAGAGGUGGCGCAGAAACAGAUCCAGACGUUGAACAAACUGUGUUCCAAUCUGCUAGAGAAGCUGAACAAUCCUCGUGACGACAGGGAUGCAGAGAGCGCAGCAAUACGGCAGAACAAACCGUCUUUCAACCCUGCCGACACAAACGCUUUGGUCGGAGCCGUCGCGUUUGGAAAGGGGCUUUCCAAAUGUAGGCCUCCAGGUCCGGUUGCCCCUGGACACCCAGGACAAGGGCCCAUGAUGAGUGGAGGUCCAACCUUACAGCAGGUCACCAUUGGCGGUGGUUCGGGCCAGCAGGCAGGUAUGGGAGGACCUGUGGCUCCACAGCAGCAAGGGCAGCCAGGUAGGAGACCUGGAGAGCUGGGAAAAAUGCCAAGCAGCAUCAAGACAAACAUCAAAUCCGCGUCCGGUUCAAUGCAUCCUUACAACCGAUGAGCCGCUUCUGUCUUAUUUCCUCAUCAGACAUUUGUUACACAUCAGAGAUUCACCGACAGCAGCGGCGGCAAACACAAAACAUCCUUCCAACCUUUAUUAUUUUCGUGGAAUUGGGCAGCUUCUGUGAAGUCUGUACUCUGCUCCUCUACAGCUGUUUCACUGACAUUAAUUUAAAUGAUCUCAAACAUAAAUAUUGAAUCAUCAGGUUACAUAUUUUUAUUUUUUAUACAAAAUCUGAGCCUCUGUGUUUGAGCCACUAGGUGGCAGUAUGUCAUCAUUUCUGGGACUGUAACGGCUUGUAUUUUGAAGUGCGCUCUGACUUUUUCAAUAAAAGAUGUGUUGAGAGGACGA